AUGACCUCGAACCCUCCUCAGUCGGGCGUUCAACCAGGACAGAGCACCGCUACCUCCGCCGCUACCUCAUCGACCCCUGUGGCUGCGACUGCUCCUGCAGCCAAGUCGUACGCCAACGCUACGAAGAAGUCCACCACGGACUCCUCCUCCGCUCCCGUCACCGUGGGUGCUCGACGCAACAUGGGAAGUCGAGCUCGGUCCCCUGCGGCCCCGGCUGCCAAUGCUCAGAAUGACCACUCCCGCAAGCCUUCAGUGACCAUCACAUCGGCCGGUGCUUCGGGCUACAUCCCCAACGGUGGCUCCGCAAGCCGACCCAACUCCCUCCAAUUCGGCUUCGCCAACCAACAGAGCUCUCCCAACAUGGGCAACCCAGCUGUGUUGGCAUCCUCCCAGGCUCAGUCUGGCCUCGGUGCUCCUGCGACCAACCCCCGGGUCACUUCCCCUCAAACUUCCCCUUCGCCCAUCCCACAGCCGGCCUCGAGCGGCGGACGCCCCCCUUCAACCUAUCAGGCGCAGGGGAAUGUGCCCAACUUUGGCAGCUUUGGAGAGAAUGCAGGUGAUAACAGUGCUCCAUUGGGUCCUGGUCAGCAGCACGUUCGUCGUGAAUCGUCGCAGUCAACCCACAGUGAUAUGAGUAACCCCAUGGGCGGUGCGCCAGGCCGUGGUGGAUACCCUCCCCAGGGAGGCCGCGGACGCGGAUACUCGCAGUCGGGCUACCAGGGAGGACAGAUGCCCUACUCACCGGGCCCCAGCUUCCGUCAAACUCCUAACCAGCCUCGUGGUGGCCCCAACAUGGGCCCUCAGUUCCACGGUCCUAACCAAGGUCGCCCGAUGCCUCCAUUCCCUAACUCGCCUCACCAAGCCAACCGCAGCCCGGCGCUCGCCAACGCACACCCUACCACCCCGCAAAUGAACCAGGUUCCCAUGGCCCACCCGCAGAUGCCUCCUCAGCCUUACCCUGGCUAUGGACAGCACAUGGGCCCCCAAACUGUGAGAUCAUCCCCACCCACAUCCCGUCAACCCCAGAGAUACACCCGGCAAGGCCCGCGCGGUAAUCACCGCGGUGGCUUCAAUCCCCGUCGUGCCCGUCGAGGAGUAGAAAAUUAUGCCAGCUGGAGAAAUCCCCCCCAGGAAACCCGCGCGCCUGCGGUCCCAGUGCCCCUUCCCAAUCUGGCUCCAGAGAGCGGUCAAUUUGAGCAGUGUCUAACCAUCCUUCGGAACCAGGGUUUCCCUCCUUACGAUCCCAACUACUACAACUACCCUGGCUACAACAUGCAGAACAUGCAGUACAUGACCCCCCCUUCGCCUCAACCUCGCCCGGGCAUGCCUUUCAACCCCCAGGCUCCUUACAUGCAACCACAGUAUCCUGUGCAGCCUCCCCCUCAAUCGACUCCUCUUUCACGAACUCCCUCUCAGGUCUCCACUGACCGUCCGGGCUCUAGCCUGGGUCACGCGGCACCAGCAGGACCUGCGGGCCCGGCUCACACUCACACUGGCAGUCGAUCUUCUAACAGUCCCGCUCCUGUGAAGCCGCACUUUGUGAUUCCUUCGGCCAAGAAGAGCCCAAUCAUCAUCAAAGACCCAAACAGCGGUAGCGUGAAAACAUUUGACAAGACUCCCGCCUCUCCUGCUCGUGCCACUCCUUCUCCCGUGAAGGCAGCCACUCCUACCGCGACCCCGCCUCCCCGAACUGCCAGUGCAUCUGAUCACGCCCGCACAGAGAGCAAGGCUGCGAAUGCCAAGACGGAUGAGGAAAAGAAGCAGGCUCUGAAGGACGCUGUUCGCCAAAAGAUUCUGGAUGAUGAGGCUGCGCAGAAGCGCAAGGAAGAGGAGGCCUCCCGCAAGAGCGCUGAAGAGGCCAAGCCAGCUGAGGCAGAGCCCGUCGAGGUGAAGCCAGUUGAGGACAAGCCUGCUGCGGAGAGCAAAUCGGAGGAGAAGAAGCCAGAGGAUGCUGUUGAAUCGGCCCGUGCUGCUGUGGAGGACUUGAGCUUGAAGGAAAAGGCCACUCCCUCUGAGGAGCCAAAGAAGGAGGCUGAACCCACUCCAGCGGCCGCUCCUGCGGACGAUGAUGAAAUCGAUUAUGAUGCCAUCGAGCGUGAAUUGGCUGAGAUUGAGGCCAAGGAGCGUGCUGCUGAAGAGGAUUACAACCGCAAGAAGCAAGCGAAGAAGGAGGAAGCCGAGCGCAAGGAGCGUGAAGAGCGUGAACAAUAUGAGAUCAACAUGAAGAAGGCCGAACGGGAGGCCGAGGAGCGUGAGCUCGCCCGGGAGGCGGCUCGCGCCAAAGGCGACAACACCGAGGACGAGGCUAACCGUAAGGAGCGCGAGGAAUUGUUUGCUUCACUCAAAAAGGGCGGCUUCACUGCCACCGAAUCUUCCACUCCCGCCGACUCUGGUGCUGCAACCCCCGUUUCUGACAUGGGCCCUCCUGCUAAGCCUGCUAGCGCUGCUGGUAAAAAGUCUGCUGGCCUCAAGAUUGAUACACCCAAGUCGAAUGAACCUCCUCAGCCCAGCGCCGCCAUGAAGUCUCUUCAGAACGCCAAGUUCCUGGAGGAUCUCAGCAAGGUGACAUACCCUGCCUCGGUGAAUGGUCCUGAUGCCUCUCUCAACGUCAACUCCCCCGCUGGUCGUCAGUUCCACUAUGACCGCGAUUUCUUGCUUCAGUUCCAAGCUGCCUUCAAGGACAAGAUCUCUGUCGAUUGGGACGCCCGCGUUCGUGAGACCGUUGGUGACAGCGAGUCCUCCUCCCGACCUCAGUCCGCCCGCACCCCCAGCAUGGGGCGUAAUCCCUCUCACAAGGGUCUCGGUGCGUUCCCUUCUCAGAUGGGCAACUUUGCUCAAACCUCUCGUCCUGGUGUUCCCUCCGUGAACUCGUCCAUGGGCAACCGCAACGUCUCUGCUUUUGGUUCCAUCGGUCGUCCUGGUAUGCCUGGCAUGCCCGGCUCCUUCCGCAACAACUCUUCCCCCAUGCCUCCUCGUGUUCCCUCCAGCAAGGGCGGCCCCGGUAGCAAGCGCGGCAAGGGUGGAAAGAAAGAAGAGGAUACCAACAAGGCUAUGCCUCUUACUGCCGGUAUGGAGCUCAAGGCCCUGCAACAGAGUGCCACUGGUUGGAAGCCUCGCAGCGUCGGUACCAAUGCUGCUGCUGGUCCCGCCCCUGGUGGUGACGGCCACCUGCCUCCUGAUGUUGUGCAGCGUAAGGUGAAGGCUGCUUUGAACAAGAUGACUCCCGAGAAGUUCGAUCGCAUUUCUUCUCAGAUCCUCGAAAUCGUGUCCCAGUCCAAGGACGAGUCCGAUGGACGUACUCUUCGUCAAGUCAUCCAGUUGACUUUCGAAAAGGCGACUGACGAGGCCCACUGGGCGCCCAUGUACGCCAAAUUCUGCAAGAGCAUGCUCGAGAGCAUGAGCCCCGAGAUCAAGGAUGAGAAUAUUCGCGACAAGAGUGGCAACAUUGUCACCGGUGGCUCAUUGUUCCGCAAAUACCUCCUCAACCGCUGUCAAGAAGAGUUCGAACGUGGCUGGAAGGUCAACCUCCCCCCCAAGCCUGAGGGUGUCACCGACGAGAUCGCCAUGCUGUCCGACGAAUACUACAUUGCUGCUGCCGCCAAGCGUCGUGGUCUGGGUCUCGUCAAGUUCAUUGGUGAGCUCUACAAGCUGGGCAUGUUGACCGAGCGCAUCAUGCACGAGUGUACCAAGCGAUUGCUCGACUUUGAGGGUGUGCCCGAGGAGGCCGAAGUUGAGUCCCUGUGCAAUCUGCUGCGCACCAUUGGUGCCAGUCUGGAUGCGUCCGAGAAGGGUCCUGCCAUGAUGGACGCCUACUUCGCUCGCAUCAACCUCAUGAUGGAGAUGCCUGGUCUGCCCAGCCGUCUCAAGUUUAUGCUGAUGGACAUUGUUGAUCUGCGCAACCAGCGAUGGAAGUCGAAGGACGCUGACAAGGGUCCUAAGACCAUCCAGCAGAUCCGUGAGGAGGCUGCUCGUGCUCAGGCCGAAGCUGAGCAAGAGCGACAACGCCAGCAGGCGAGCCGGGGUGGUGGUGGUCGCCCGGCCAUGGGCCGUGGUGAUGCUCGUGGCUUCGGUUACGGCAACCAGGCUCCUCCUCCUGACUUUGCUUCUAGCAAGGUCGGCAGUGACGACCUGCGUCGUUUGCGGGCUACCCGCAACACCAACCAGCCGAUGUCCUUCGGCCCGUCCAGCCUGCUCGGCUCACGAAGCAGCAGCGGUCGCAAGGGACUCGGUCCUGGUGGCAACUUGGUUCGCGGCAGUGAUGACAGCGCUGCCAGCAGCCGCACUGGUACUCCUCCUGCUGGCAAGAAGGAGGACAAGGAGGCUGCUUCGUCAAUCAAUGCCUUCAGUGCCCUUGCCGCUUUGGAAGAUCGGGACAACAUGGCUACCUCGCCUCCUUCCAACCCGACUUCCCCCAUGCUCACCAAGUCCCAGCCUGCUUCCUCUGAGCGCCGGCCUUCCAAGACUCCCACGGAGGGCGAAAACGCAGCAUAG